AUGCAAGCUGUCCACGAUAUCCGCCCAAAGCAGUAUUGGCCGCUCCCAGUGCGAGAGCAAUUCCCCGAAAUGAUGGCAUUGUUCUUGUACGAUCGUGAAGAACAGGCUCAGAAGUACCACGAGGAGCAGUACGUCGCGGCUGUCGAGGAUGUUGCUAAUGGAUCCACAGUCAACACCGUGUCGAAGUCUCUUCAGGCUUACUACAGAGCGCAAUACCAAAAAUUCGUCAGGCACAUCACGAACGCAUACCUCGCCACGCCGGGCUUUCCUCAGGCACGUAACCCUUACAUCUUCUACUACCGGGCCCAUCUGGAUGAUGCACAUGAGCCGUACUUCGACGUCGAUAACACCCGCACUUCUGACAUCGAUUACGAGGAUGAGCUCUACAGCAACAUCAACUAUGAGGAUCAGCUCUUCCUGCCCGUUGAGCCCAUCUUCAAACAAUUUAGCAUAGAUCUGGACCUGAACAUCGACAAUGGUGCGUUUUACUUGCCUCUCGAUACUUGGUAA